AACCUUAACUCUCCCAACAAAGGUCUGCUGUCGGAUGCCAUGACAGAUGUGCCUGUGGAUAACGCGGCUUCGGCCAGGACCUCUGCGCCUGAGGGGCUGACUCUUGCCGAAGAGGAGGAGUUGAGAUCUGAGCUUGCCAAGGUUGAAGAAGAAAUCUGUACUCUCAGGCAAGUGCUGGCUGCUAAAGAGAGGCACUGUGGAGAGCUGAAGAGGAAGCUAGGCUUGACUCCCUUGGAUGGGUUAAAGCAAAACCUGUCGAAAAGCUGGCAUGAUGUCCAAGUCUCCAAUGCUUAUGUGAAAACAUCUGAGAAACUUGGAGAGUGGAAUGACAAAGUGACACAGUCUGACUUUUACAAGAAGACCCAGGAAACCCUUUCCCAGGCAGGACAGAAGACUUCAGCAGCCCUUUCCAAUGUAGGUUCUGUUAUCAGCAGGAAACGUGGGGAAAUCCGGGCUCACCCCUUCUCGCAUUCCUUUAGCAGCUACUCCAUUCGCCACUCGAUAAGUAUGCCAGCGAUGAGGAAUUCUGCAACCUUCAAGUCAUUUGAAGAUAGAGUUGGGACCAUAAAGUCCAGAGUGGUGGGCAGCCGGGAAAACAGCACUGAUGGCCUCCACUCCCUCUCGGGAGCCGAAAACAAGCCUCCACAAGACAACGCUCCCUUCUAGACCUGCGAUGUUGCUUUGCACGGCUGUGCACAACUCUAAGAGCAAGCCCCCUCCCUCCCUGUCUUCACAACAGCAACAACAUGCGAAUCCAAGAAGGGGCUGAGAGCCAGUCUGGAGAGAUCCAUUGUUCAUUCAUAGACACUGCUGCUGGAUCUAAGUCAAAUAAAGAGAAUGCAAAGUUUUGUACACAAAUAAUAUUUUACACUAAAGUUUGUAGAUUAAAUGUAUCACUGCUGUCCUUUUGGGAGAGCGUGUUAGAUGGAGUUUCCUUAAAGUAGCUCAGAAAUGCCACUGGUAUAGAUAAAAACAGUUUUCCCUUGUCUGAUGUAACUUGGAACAGAUACAUCGCCUUGCAGUGUGAGGAGGGCAGUUAUCGGAGAAGCCAAGUGCAUGGGCAUCUUAGCUUCAGCUUCUGGCUCUGUUCUCUGGUCAGGGCAUGCCACGCAGCUACUCUGAGCUCCCAGGCUUCUCCCGUUGCUGUUUUCUUUGGCUCUCAUUGGAGUAGUUCAGUAAAUGGG